CCCUCCCGCCCGCUCUCUGCUCGCUGCUUUAGGAAACGUGGCCUUAACCAGACUCAGCAGCAGCAGCGGUGUAGAUGAAUGAGAGACACGCAGCUUCAGCCUCCACCUCCAUUCGUACUGACAGUCUCCGCCACAGCUCCAGCACUGCCCCCGCGGACCCCCAAAGUCCCGAAGCUCUGAAGAACCAUGUCUGAGGCAGAACAAGUCCCGGCCUCGGCCCCGGAGGCCGCCGCCGCUGUCCUGGACGCCCUGAACGCCACGGACUCCAACGGGACCGAGGCGCUCAACGCUACGGCUAAAUUCGUGGCCACCCCGGAGGGCACGGCGCUGGCAUACGGCAGCCUGGUGUUCAUGGCGCUCCUGCCCAUCUUCUUCGGAGCCCUGCGGUCCGUCACCUGCUCCAAAUCUAAGGAGCUCGGAGAAAAUGAUUACGAUUCUGGGUUCAGAAAUGCAGCAGACAUGCCAGAAACGAUCACCAGUCGAGACGCAGCCAGGUUUCCCAUCAUCGCCAGCUGUACUCUGUUUGGGCUCUACCUCUUCUUCAAGGUGUUUUCUCAAGAGUACAUCAACCUGCUGCUGUCGGUCUACUUCUUCGUCCUGGGCGUCCUGGCUCUGUCUCACACUAUGAGCCCUCUGAUGUCCAGAAUCUUUCCAGCUUCUUUCCCAAACAAACAGUACCAGCUGCUCUUCACUCAGGGCUCCGGAGAGUCCAAAGAAGAAAUAGUCAACUAUGAGUUUGACACUAAGAACCUGGUGUGUCUGCUCAUCAGCAGUGUGGUGGGAGUCUGGUACCUGCUCAAAAAGCACUGGAUAGCCAAUAACCUGUUUGGCCUGGCCUUCGCCCUGAACGGCGUGGAGCUGCUCCACCUGAACAACGUCAGUACCGGCUGCAUCCUGCUGGGGGGGCUGUUUGUCUACGACGUUUUCUGGGUGUUUGGGACCAACGUCAUGGUAACAGUUGCCAAGUCCUUCGAAGCACCAAUCAAAUUGGUGUUUCCUCAGGACCUGCUGGAGAGAGGCCUUGAAGCCAGUAACUUUGCUAUGCUGGGUCUGGGUGACAUCGUCAUCCCAGGUAUCUUCAUCGCCCUGCUGCUGCGCUUCGACGUCAGCCUAAAGAAGAACAGCAGGACGUAUUUCUACUCCAGUUUCCUGGCCUACAUCUUUGGACUGGGCCUCACCAUCUUCGUCAUGCACACCUUCAAACACGCACAGCCCGCUCUGCUCUACCUGGUCCCAGCCUGUGUCGGCUUCCCCGUCGUCGUAGCACUGUUCAAAGGAGAGCUCACAGAGAUGUUCAGGUACGAGGAGUCCUCACCUGAGGAGGCGGGGGCUAAAGAGGACUCGUCAGAAUCAGAGAAGAAGGACCAAUAGCAUCCAUCGCUGCCGGUCCCUCUGCCCCCUCCCCCCUCUCAGACACCCUCAUCCAGCCUGCUGCCACCACAUUUCACUGAAGCCCCUCCCCCUCCCACCAGUCCAGCUUCCUGUUUGUCGCCGGGGGGAGACGGAGCUCAUGUUGCCAACGUGUUUCGUCUUUGAAAAACCAUGGGAACAGCUGCUGGUCUCCGCGGUAACGUGCUACCCAGUGGUGGUGUUUAUAAUUAAAGGUUGUUUGGUCACAACAGUUGAGACUCGGUGCCUACCAUGAUUCCUCUCUGUCUCUCAGCUGCUCUCACAACCAUUUUAGAGGACCCCCCCCCCCCCGAAAAAAAUACAGCUCCAGAAAGCGAGCGUCACGUCGGAUUUACUGUCAGUUCGCAGAGUGAGAGUUUGUCCAGCAGUUUAUCUGUGGACGCAGCCGCAGCAUCAUCUGAUCGACCAGGAAGCUGAAGGAGCGCUUGGUUUAACCUGCCAGCAGCCUCAAAAGUGGAAAGAAAAUCACCCGGUAAAACAAGCGCUCCUGUCGUUUUCUUUUUCUCAUUUCCUGGUGUUUUUGUUGCCGCCGGUCACUCUGCCUUCUGCUUCCUCACAGCAGAGGUUUCUGUCAGCUCAGUUCUUGUUCCUCUCUGUUUGAUCGGCCAGAAUUUUAAGAUGAAAAACCCAGUUCUAAUGGUACAGUUUGUUGUUUUGUCGAAGCUCCUCUGUGUUUGUUCGUCACGUUCAGUGAUGGAGGUUCUUACAGGUAGCUGUCAGUCAGAGGACAGCUCACUCUCUGUUAUUACUACGUUUUUUACUCUUCCAGUAAAUUCUGCUCUGCUCCCAUUAAAAGAUGAAAUUAGUGAUAUUCUGUAUUUUUUUUUAUUGUUGAAAAAUCCCACCUUCACACCCAAACCAUCUGUGCCAGUCCGUCUCAACACUGUGGCUCUCUGCUCCAAUCCCACCUCACCAACAGGUUCAGUAAAACAGCUGCUGAGGGGGAUUGGACAUAUAGAAUAUCACCAUAUGUGAUUUUUACUGUUGCAGCCUGUUUGAUACAAACCAUCAGUUUGUUUAAAAUCACUGCUGACUGUUUUAUAUUGGUGCGGUCAUACAGUAAAAACUGACCAGACACCACCGGCCUCAUGUGAAAAUGGUUGUUGUUCGUACAGAAUUGGAAACGUAUAAAAACCACCGGCUCUGUCGAUGUGUUUGGAGCGUGCUGUGUGUCGGGCUCUGAUUAAUAACUGUUCUACCUGAAUGUUUCAGAGCUGCAGUCAGAAAGCAAAGGGACCAAAUGUUUCCUCAGCUCAUGUGUUUGUUCUGGUUCUUCAGAGUCUGAGAAGUUGAGUGUUUUAUUUCAGCAGACGGAGCAGGUGAGCAGGUGAGCGUUUACCUGCCUCACGUUCUGUUUUUCACUCUUAAAGUUCUGGCCUGAGAGAAGAGUGUGAGGAGUGAAGGGAGGAGGAGGCAGACUGAACCUCCUCCCAGGCCUCGUUCUCACACCUUAUUCAUGGAGAUGCUGCAGGGGGAGCGACCCUGUGGCCUCCUCGUCCAAUAAGCUGUGAGAACGAGCCGAGGAGACGCGAGGAUUUGAGGAUCCUCUCCUCGAACUGUGACAGAUCUGAUCUGGGUUUUGUUGUUUUCAUGGUCGUCAUUAAUGAUGAAUAGAAAAUGAUCUGUUUUGCUGAUUGAUUGAUCCUAUAAAUCAUUUUUCAACCAUGAACUUCAAACAUUCUCCACUGGGAGGAUUUGAUGUUUUUAUAUCCUUGUGGACUGAAUUAUUUUGGGAUCGGACAAAACAUUAUAUAGACCCUGAGAUUCAUCCUAAGAUUCAUUCAGUUUCUGCCCUGAAAGCAAAGAGGACCUUCGUUUUUCUUCUUUUUGUUUUAGAAAGCCAUGAAAUCCAAUCAGGAUCACACUGAGUUCAACAUCAGAUCUGACCCACAAAAAGCCAAACAGCAGCAUCAAUAAUCAGACCAAGAAAAUUUACAGCAAAUUGUCGUCUCCAUGUUUAUCCCAUAAAUCUGGAGAAGGUCGACGUUUGCAUGAAAAUAUUUGAGUUUUAAGACGCACGGAACAAAAAUCAGCUCCUGCACAUUAUGGACACUUAUGGUACAUUUAUUGAAAACCUUUGUCAGACAUGGCAAACAUGCUGAAACACACUGUAGCUGCUCAGUAAAUGUUCUGCUGGUGUCGACAGCGUGCAGUGAUUUUUGUCACGUGGAUUUAUUCUAAUGCAGCGCUGCAAGGAUCACUCAUCCUCAUGUAAGUCAGACUUGGAUGGAAAAAGUCUGAAUUUAUAGCUAAAAGUCAAAAUUUUGGUAUUAAAGGGCGACUCCAGCAAUUUAGUAUUACACCUCUGCAAAGAUGGGCGACUCAUAAGAGACAUGUUAAAACAACUGUUGUGAAAAUUAAAGCUACAGAAGCUGAAAUAUCCUGGUUUUAGUCCCUAGUCCAUCUUGAUAGAUGCUGAUAAUAGACGAGUGUUUUGACAGGCUGAGUUGGACAAACAAUGACCAGUACAUUUAUGUGUAAAAAUGGUGGAGUUGCCCUUUAAAGUCAGAAUUUCUAAUAAACCUUUGACAGAAGAAAGGGAAACUGGUGCUUUUUGUCGGAAGAAUUCGUAGAGAAACGUCAGACUUCUGAAUAUUAAAUAAUCUCCUGAGUUUUUCGCCGAACUCAGACUUUGUUUUUAUGAGUUGGACCGUUCUUAUUUAUUGGCAUUAGGAAGUAAUUUUAUAACACAGCACGAGUCUUCAUCCGUUCAUCGUGAUGUGUUCACCAGACGAACACAUCACAAUGUCCUGGAGAUGAGUGUUAUCACUUUGAAGCCCAUCUACACUUUAAGUUUUUGGUUGCUUGAGAAAAGCCAUGACUGGAUGUAUUCAGCCUCACAUUAAUAUUCUUGAUGUAAUUGAUGUGGAUGCUUUAUUAAGAGAUGCACAGUUUUGUAUUUUGAUGUAAAAAAUGAAAAAAACUAAAGGAUCAUUCUCAUUUUCAGCUCAGCGAUGUUCAGUAUCCCCUCAUUUUAAAUGUACCUGAAACGUUUUUCUUUUUUCUUUCUCUCGUUGUAUUUGUGCAGGAAGUCGUUUUACGGCUCCGACUGUAUCUAUUUUAUUUGCAAUAAACCUUUUGGUGUUUUGAUCACCGUAUAGAGAAGCAUAA